AUGCCCAACGCGCACACUUCGGUGGCCAUUGCUCAGGUCGUCUUUUACGCGCCCAUGGUGCCGCUUGUCGUGUACCUAUUUUCGCGCAAUGCCCGAAUUCGUCCACGCAUGGCCUGGUGGCCGCUGAUACCCUUUAGCUUGUUCCGCCUUGCUGGAGGCAUCGUCACCAUCAUUGCCGAGAAGCAGCCCAGCAACACGGGUCUCUGGAUCGCAGCGCUAAUUCUUCUCAACGUCGGCGUCGUCCCGCUCAUAGUCGCCAACCUCGGCCUCACUCGCUUAAUACAGGAUAACCAUGCCUCCAAGCCCACCUACACCCACCUCGCCAAGGCUCUCCGCCUCCUCUUCCUCCUCGCCAUCCUGCUCCUAGCCGGCGGCAGCGGCACCGCCUCCGUCAACGCUCAUCUCAGCCGCGCCCUCACCCUCGCCGGCUACGUCGUCUUUGCCCUCGAGCUGCUGCUGCUGACCGCGACGCAGCUCUGGUGGUUCUUUUGCUUUUACUCGCCACCGCGGCACCGCGGCACCGCCCCGGCGGCGACGGCGGCGACGGCGCUGCUUCCGAGCAGCCGGCGGGUGCUGGUCGCGACGCUGGCCGCGUUUCCGCUUCUGGCGGUGCGCACCGCCUACGGCUUGCUCGAGGUCGCGCGGCAGGACGAGCCGGGCAGCGCGUGGAACCCGCUGACGGGGUCGGCGGUGGCGUUUGCGCUGAUGGCGCUGCUGCCAGAGUAUGCGGUGCUCGCGGGCUGGGUGUUCGUGGGGUACGCGAUACCGGCGCGGCGCGAGGUCGGCGGCGGGAUGGAGGGGGAGGACGACGGGCCGAACAAGGUCCAAGGGCGCGGGGGGGUAAAGGAUGGAAAAAGAGGGAGGUUGUCGUGUUGA